CACAGGCGAACAAAGAGCCAAGAGAGAGAGUCAAGUACUACAAAUACUACAAAGAGUCAAGAGAGAGUCAACUACUACAAAUACUACCAAUCCGCCGAACGUCAAAAUAAAGUGUAGUGUCACGUCGAUCAGUUGAAUUGCGAAACCACGGUAAAUAUUUAGCGGCAAUUAGUGACGGCAAAUUGUCUGGUGCUCUAUAACUAUUCUGUUUCGCAAAGCAAACGGUAGAUCAUGCAGCGCAUUCAGAACCCAGCCAAGGUGGCUCUCCGCCAGAAGAUAGCGAAGCGACUGCAAACGCUUACGGCCGAAAAUCGACGUCGACAAUCAGACAGCAUCAUCGGCAAGAUUUUAGAUCUUCCCUUCUACAAACGGUCGCAAAAGAUUAGCAUUUAUCUCAGCACCGACACCGAAGUUGACACGCAACCACUUCUCGCGCGAAUGCUUAACGAACAGAAACAGGUUUUCGUGCCGACCUACAACAAAAAGGCGAUGAGAAUGGUAAGCAUCAGGAGCAUGGAGGAUUAUGAUGGGCUUCCGAAAACUUCGUGGAAUAUCAAGCAGCCCGCCUUUAAUGAUCCGGACCGUGACGAUGCCUUCGCAACAGGGCUGGAUCUUAUCAUUCUGCCCGGCGUAGCCUUUACCACCGGUGGCAAGCGUCUCGGGCACGGAGGCGGUUACUAUGAUCGAUUUCUGGCGGAAUACUUUAGCAAAUUUCCAAACACGACCGACCGCGAGACGCAACUAGUGGCGGUAGGGUUCCGCGAGCAGCUGGUGGCAGAGGACGAACUUCCGACCGACGAGCAUGAUAUGCCGCUCAACUUGGUCCUGUCCGCGGACUGAUGGCACGCACUGCGAAAUAAAUG